CCUGGGCCUGUCCCCGGGAUGUCACCUGCAGCUGGUGCCUGUGACGUGUCACAUGCUGRGCCCUGGGUGGUCAACACCUCAUAGAGCAGAGGUGUGGCACCUCCCUGUCACCCCACAACCCACCUGGUGCUGGUGGCCUGUGGGCUGGGAAUGAAAAAAUGUGACACGAACAAGCUUGAAACUGCCAGCGUCCCCUGCAGCAGUUAGAGGACGUGGCAGACUGUGCCCUGCUCAGAAUCCUGGUAGGUUUGGGAUGGGAGUGUGGGGACAGGGACAAAGUGUCUCGCUGUGCCCCGUGAGUUAUCCCAGCCCACCGCCYGCUCCGUGCAGGUGGGGUCUGCCCUGGGCAGCAUCUCCCCUGCCCUGCCCGCCUCCCUCCGGGCCAGGGACUCUGUACUCGGCCUGGGGGAGCGGUGCCAGUGAAACCCGACCCGGCGGGGCUGUGCCGGGACAGCUGGAGCCAAGGGGGCCGGCUUGUCCUGGCCCCUGUGAUGGGAGUGAAUGAGCCGCUGCCCAGAGCCGCGCACAGSCAGCAAUCCUCCCUCGCUGCUGCAAGGGCAGGACGGCGCUCCAGCCCGCUGCCCGGUGGAGCYGUGCUGAAGCAGGAGAGGGCAGCAUGAAGCCGGAGAGCUUCCCCGAGGAGAAUGGCAUCGGGGAGGAAAAGGACGCCGGCCAGGGCAAUCUCACCCCCAAUCUCACCCCCGGGAACUACAAGAAGAAACGCCGCUGGAUUCCGGAGACUUUCUGGGAGGACGUGAAGAAGCUGCUGGUGCUGGCGGGGCCGCUGAUCCUGAUCCAGCUGCUGAUCUUCCUGAUCCACCUUGUCAGCUCCAUAUUCUGUGGCCACCUGGGCAAGGUUGAGCUGGCCUCYGUCACGCUGGCCAUCGCUGUUAUAAAUGUCACUGCCAUCUCUGUAGGUUACGGUUUGACUUCAGCUUGUGACACCUUGAUAUCACAGACCUACGGCAGCAAGAACCUGCUGCGCGUGGGGGUGAUCCUGCAGCGAGCCGCCAUCAUCAUCCUCCUCUGCUGCUUCCCUUGCUGCGCCAUCCUCAUCAACAUCGAGCAGCUGAUGCUGCUCAUCCAGCAGGAUCCCGAUGUCUCCAGGUUGGGUGGUCCCCUCAUCCCUCCCGGCGUGGYGGGGCUGAGAGGAGGGUGGCCGUGGCCGUGCCCCUCCCUGAGCCCCCCUCUGUGUGCCCCCAGGCUGACCCAGCACUAUGUGAAUGCGUUUAUCCCUGCCCUCCCGGUGGUUUUUCUGUAUAACCUGGAGAUGAGAUACCUGCAGAACCAGAUGAUCAUGUGGCCGCUGGUGCUGAGCGGGUUCAUCGGCAACGUCGUCAAUGUGGCUGUGAACUACAUCUUCCUCCACRUGUUCCACUUGGGCAUCACGGGCUCUGCCUGGGCCAACACCAUCGCUCAGUAUUCGCAAACCAUUUUCUUGUUCCUGUAUAUCAUCUGCAAGAAACUCCACGURAACACCUGGGGAGGCUGGUCCAGAGAGUGCCUGCUGGAGUGGGACAGCUUCACCUCCCUGGCCAUCCCCAGCAUGCUCAUGAUGUGCAUCGAGUGGUGGACCUACGAGAUCGGCAGCUUCUUGAUAGGCCUGCUGAGCGUCGUUGAGCUCUCUGUCCAGUCCAUCAUCUAYGAGGUGUCAGUUGUGGCUUUCAUGAUCCCCCUGGGGCUGGGCACAGCUGCCAGCGUGCAGGUGGGGAACGCGCUGGGCGCCGGCGACUACGAGACAGCCAAGAGAUCCUCCACCACCAGCCUGAUCUGCACAGGAGUGUUCUGCGUGAUCGUCGGGGCCAUUUUAGCCUCCACCAAGAAUGUGCUGGGAUACAUCUUCACCAAGGACCCGGAGAUCGCUGACUUGGUGUCGUGGGUCAUGCCGAUCUACAUUGUCUUCCACUUGUUUGAAGCCCUCACUGGUGCCUGCAGUGGGGUGCUCAGAGGCAUCGGGAAGCAGAAAUUCGGUGCCAUCCUCAAUGGCGUGACUUACUACGGAGUGGGCUUGCCCCUGUCAGCCGUGCUGCUCUUCGCGGCCAAGAUCGGUGUCAUAGGCCUGUGGGUCUCCAUGCUGGUCAGUGUCUUCAUCCUCUGCACCUGCUUCGUCAUCUACAUCGCCCGCCUGGACUGGAAGAAGGCGGCUUUGGAGGCUCAGCGCCGUGCAGGAGUGGCCCAGCCAACACUACAAGAGGCGCCAGGCUUGGCCUCCGAACCCUCCCUCAAGGAUUUGGAUGUGUCAGCCCCCCAGCCCCACACGUACCUCCCAGCCAGGGCGGUGUUGGGGUCUGUCGCGGGAUUGGACGUGCAGAACGACGUGGUGCUCACAUCAAUCAGGACAGAGGGACCCCCGUACCAGAUGGAGCUGCGGGAUGUCAGGUCUGGUGUCGGCGCUCCGGCCACCCACGUGGUCACCAAGAAGCUGAUGUUCAAGCGCGUGCUGGCGGUGGUCGCGGCCGUGGCCGUGCUGGCGCUCGGCGUCGCCAUAAAGCUGAUGACCAGCAAAGAAUGACUCGCACCAAGGACUUUGGGGACUUGUUUUUGGGGUGAAAGCCCUUCCUGAGGGACGGACGUGCAAAGCACGGACCAGCCAGCGGGAAAAUUGAGCCACACGGCUGCCCCACAGGAGCCAAAGGGCCCCUGGCAGYGUUGGGCAGUGUUUGCUCAGAUAUUGAUUGGGAUGGGGCCCCGAGGCUGCUCUGGCACCCAAAAUGCUGCUCUGGGCUGCCUGGCACACACUGAAMGUGUCAGUGACCCCCAGCCCACACUGUCACCACCCAGCAGAGCUGAGCACAGCCCAGCUCCUGCUGCUGCUCCAUGACAAACGCCCAAUAAAGAAUAAACCCGGCUGGAGGCGGGCUGGCUCCUUGGGGUGGAGGCUGAGGGCAGGGCUGGGGCCAGAGCAGGSAACAUCCACACGUGGGUCUUGCUCUGCCCCUGGUGGCCUUCGCAGUAAAAACAAGGUUUUAUUCAGCAAGGGUCAAGGUCAGCUCUCAGUCACAAAUUUGGAGGUAAAAGACUGUCCAAAAAUCAAUAAACCCCUGAAAUUCAGUUACAGAGGAGGUGGCUAUGGCUGCUCUGCCACUCUGGACAAGGAUGUCCCAAAYCUGGGGCUCCAGUCAGAGCAGUGCCCUGUCUUUGCCCCAGAAAUGCAGCAGCGCAACAGUCCCAGGCACUUCUUGAGUCCUUGGGACAGCGUGGCCACAGCUCAGGUGGCUUUUGC